CCUUCCCCUUCUCCGGCUAGUGAGGCCGGUACGCUUACUGUCCCCAGCGUGGGCGAUGGUGGUCCCGUCGUGGACCUUACUGUUGCUGGUGAUGCCGCCCCGGCGCUGCCUCUCGUCCAGGAGCCGCGGACGCAGAGGGCCGGCAAGGAGACCGCCGGUGACACCUAUCAGAAAGUGAUAGAGUACCCCGUCGGCGGGGGCGUGUUUAAUGAGCUCGUCCCCGGUCACACCGUCCUGGCCAAGGCCAUGCCGGCCAAAGAUCGGGCUCAUUUGAAGAAGAUCGAGGGCCCGAAGAUUUAUGAGGGCGGCAUGGAUCUCCUCGUCCAAAGUGCCUUCAUGCUUAUGGAAAGCCACAAGAGGCAGUACUGGGAGAUUGCCCGCCUUCAAGCGCUGGAGCAGAAGGCCGCCUCGGCCGAUGAGGCGGUAGCUUGCCUUGACCGGCUUCGGGAGGAUGCCAAGGCGCUGCAGGCCAAAGCUGAUGAGGCCGUUGAGGCCAGGGACGUUGCCCUGGUCCAGCUCGAAGAGAGCAAAAGGGAGCUCGCAGAGUCCCGGAGAGCGCUUGAGGCCGAGAAGCGCAGGAGCGAGGAGGCCGCCAAGGCGAAAGCUGAGGCCGAGGCCGCCGUUGUGAAGGCUGCCGAUGAGGCUGUUGAGAAGUUCUUGGCCGAAGGGUGGAAGGCCGAUGAGAGGCUCCCUUGGUGCUACGAGGUGGUGGCCGCCAAGCUGGAGAAUUGGGGGAUGAACUCCCCUGCCGGCCGAGAGUAUUUCAGCCAGGAGAUGUCUGUUUACUACAACCUGGGCCAGGAGCGGAUGUAACGGCUCCUGUACCGGCGGCUAUCCCGGGCGUUGAAGGCCAUGAAUUACACGGCUGGAUGGGCUAGACGGAACCUGAAGCUCCCAAAGCUGAUGAAGGAUCCCGAAGGGCAGGCCACGCUUCCGCUGUCGGAGCGUGAGUCCCCCAUAGAAAGCUCCGGCCUCGGCGAGCCGGACUAUACGGAGUUCGAUUUCUUGGAUGAUGCCACCAGCGCCGCUGCCGGCCAGGAAGCUGAGGCCGAUGAGGAGGGGGCCGACGAGGUUGAAGAGCCAGCCCCGGAUGCUUGAUCGGCUAGUCCUUGCCGUAGUUAGCUUUUU